CUCGGAGCUUCUUCAGUUCACAUUAACACAACGGAAAAUAUGAUCGCGCUACUGCUAGUGGGAUUGGUCGCUUGCGCGAAUGCGGCACCAGGAUGGCGUGACCGCCACCAUUCCUCCCUCUCACCAUUUGAUGGCAGCCUCGACAGAUACCUCAACGAGCAAAUGUUCGACACUAAUAGGUUCUGGGAUGAAUUCAACAGGGACUUAAACCAAGAGAUGAUGCAGCUGGAGAGAACUCUAGCCGAUUUCAGCAGACACUUCCCAAGUAUGGCCUCAACGGAGGGAAUUGUUGGAAACGAGUACAAGAUCGAGAUUCCUUUGACGGGAUUUGAAGAAAAGGACAUCAUUGUGAAGGCACGCAGAGGUUCGCUGAUGAUUCAAGCGGUCCACAGCGAUGCGGGUCUCAACCAAAAUAGCUAUUUGGAUAUGAGAACGUUGCCGAUGUCUGUGGGUGAAGAGGGCACCUGGUCUUAUAAAAAUGGCUUGCUCAAGAUCUCUUUUCCAGUUAACCGAAGCGGGGAGAGCGGUGAGAAUCUUACCCCAGUCACAGCCAGCCCGAUACCAGACCGUAGCCGCGAGGAGACCGAAAGCCCAACCAGUGGUGUCCAACUGGACGAUAUAGAUCUCGUUAGGGAUUCCAAUAAAGAAAAGGAAUUAAAGACCAACGAGAUUCCUAAUUUCGAAGCCACAACUUACGCUGUCGAUCUGAAAGGCGAUGUGGAGUUUGUGCCGGUGCCAUACAAAAAGUAAUAAAAUUAUGUGUUACAUAGUAUAGUGCUUCUGAUUAAAUAGAAUCCCCGUGUGAGUUAGUUAAGAGAGUGAAAUAUCCGGUUUCGAUAUGAGGACAUUGCAAACUAAAAUGUGACCUAAAAUGUUUUGUGCACUUCCAUUUACCCUUUGUUUUUGCAGUUUUAAGUUGCCUAAAUAAAAUUAAAUCUAACCAAAAUAAUUAGUGA